AUGGCUUUGUCAGAACUUGUUAAGCGUGAGCAUAUCGGUCCCAUUGUUAGCGUGGCGGCUGCAGCGGCUGUCGCUGCUUAUGCUACUUUCCGUCGUCGUUCCGAUUCACCGUACAAGAAAAUCCCUGUUGCCGAAGGAGGUUGGCCCUAUUUCGGUCACUUGUUGUCUCUUGGCCCUAUGCCCACUCGGCUGAUGGCAAAGUGGCAUGAAGAACUAGGACCCAUUAUUCAAGUCAACAUGGGUGUGUUACCUUAUGUUAUGAUCAGCGACGCCGAAAUCGCCCAUGAAAUUUUCGUCACCAAAGGCAGUGUCACCUCAUCCCGAACGUUUCACACAUUUACUACCAAUUAUUACAGUCUUAAGGGAAGGGGCAUUGUGUUUGCUUCGUCCGACACCAACUGGAAACGAACGAGAACAGCAGCUCUCUCGAUUUUGGCUCCAAAAAGAGUCGGUGAAUUUGACGACCUGAUCCAGAACGAGGCCGACGUGCUUUUGGAAAGUUUGAUGAAAGCUACCGAGAGAGAAGGCGGAAUCAACCCCGUGAAAUCGUUGCAAGCAUUUUCGUUGAACGUGAUACUAACCACGACUUUGGCGAAGAGAGUGACAUCUGUCGAUGACCCGUUAUUCAAAGAAAUUAUUCAUGUCGUUGAUGAAGGAAUGAAGCGCGCGGCCGUCGACAACGAUAUCAGCACUUUCCUACCGCUGUUAAGUUUCAUGAACUUGUUUUCCAAUAAGAUCAAAAACAUGGAGGACUUUAUCAAGAACAAACGUGAUCCUACCUUUAAACGCCUGAUUGCCGAAGCUCUUCAAGGGGAACAGGAUUGUUUCGUCAAAUCGUUUUAUGAUUCACAGUAUGCUUUGACCGAAGACGAUAUUCUGGUAACUAUAAAUGACCUCCUCAGUGCCGGUUCAGAUACCGUUUCGGUGACAUUAUCAUGGGCGUUCCUCAUCCUGUCACAGCACCCUGAGGUUCAAAAAAAGAUUCGCGAUGAAGUCGAUGCUUUCAUUAAGGAGCACCAUCGAUUCCCUAAUUUUACUGAACGAGACGCGUUCCCUUAUCUGCUAUCCGUCCAGAAAGAGUGUUUCCGUUAUCGCCCUAUCAGCCUUUUCGGUAUCCCCCAUCUAACGACAGAAGACGUUGAGUGUCGCGGCUACCUUAUUCCGAAAAACACGGCCAUCACAGUCAACUUCAAUGCCGUUCAUUUAGACGCGAAACGGUUCCCGAACCCAACGGAGUUCAUCCCCGAACGGUAUAUCGAUAAUACACAAACCAUGAUGGCUGCCGCUAAUGGAAAAAUUGAGAAACGGGAUCACUUCAACUUUGGCUGGGGCAGACGUCUUUGUCCGGGAAUUCAUCUGGCUGAAACCGAGCUUUUUUACACAUGGACUCGCAUUUUCGCUAAAUGUGUCAUUGAGCCCGAAUUGGAUAACAACGGUAACCCCAUUCACGUCAGUUUGGAUGAUGCCACGGAUGCUGGAUUGGUCAUCUUACCCACGCCUUAUAAGGUGAGGUUUACUCCUCGUACCGACGCUCUAUUGUAA